AUGAAAUUCAGCACUCUUAAUACUUCAAGUAAUGAUUCGCCCAUUGAUCCCCUGAACGUCACGGAUGCCAAUGCCUCGGAAUACUCCGUGAUCGAAAGCAUAGAAUGCACACCGGAGUACGAUGCCUUGCCCGCUAGAAAGAAACGUCACGCGACGAGAAAGAGAAAGCUGAUCGCCAACAGGUUGGAACAAGAGGAGCACAGCACGAAGAAGCUCAUGAGAGGGCAGAACCUCAGUCAAGAUAAAGUCGAGCAGAAGAAGCCGGAGCUGUCCUUGGAGUGCGCCACGUGCGGCAAGCGAUUCAGCGAGAAGGCUACCAUGAUAAAACACAUGAACCAGCACAAGUACCAAUGUCAAAGCUGCUGCCAGAGCUUCAGCCUGAAGCGAGACCUGAAGCGCCACGUAGAGAAGGUCCACGGGCCUCUGCUGUAUCCCUGCAGCAUCUGCGAGUACAAGAGCAACAACAAGUGCACACUGAAGGACCACUUCAUACGCAAGCACACCAGCGGCUUCCAGUACUCAUGCACCAUCUGCAAGAAACAAUUCAAAAUCAAGAACGACCUGAAACAGCAUAUGAAUCAGAUGCACAGCGGCGAGCCGCCCAUUAUCUGCAGCAUAUGCGGCCACGCCUGCAAGAACGUGCCCGCCAUCAAGGCGCACAUGAAAUACCGGCAUUACAAGCCGGCUUACGAGUGCAAGAUAUGCAAGCGCGGCCUGACCACGCAGGAAUACCUGGACCAGCACAUGAUUUGGCACGAACGCAAGGAGAAAGUGGUCUGUCCCACCUGCGGCAAGACCUUCGGCCAGAAGAGAGACUUGGACCUCCAUCUGAGAAUUCACCAAGGUAUUCGGCCGUUUUCCUGCCCGGUCUGCGGCAAGACCUUCCCCCGGAAGACCGCGCAAGAGCAGCACAUGCUGAUCCACACCGGCAAAAGGCCGUACAUCUGCGACAUUUGCGGUCAGACCUUUGCGCAGAAGCCCGGUCUCAUCUGCCACCGGAAGCGGCACCCGGGACCGUUGCCGCCAUUACCGGUGGUGUCCAUCAAAAAGAUCAUUAUGGACUUUACGCAGGAGCUGGGUGUUCCUGCCGCACAGCAGCAGGACAAGAUAGCGUUAGAUAAUUAA